AUGGGCACAGUCUUUGUGGCUUUGGUGUGCUUGGGUACAAAGAAGUGUAAUGUGAUCGAACUCGAAAUGGGGGAUGAGGAGAUAGAACUCGGUGAAUUGUCUCAGAAGAACUUGGAGGUGUGUGAGCUGGAAAUGGGGGAUGAGACAAAGGAGCUCGUUGAAUCGUGUCAAGAGAUAAAGAAAGGACUCCAGUGUAACAAUGCAGAGCACGAAAAUGUUGUUGGAGGUUGA